GCCGCUGCCACCUCUGCCGCUGAGCUCGCCGGCCGCGCCGGGCUCGGACGUCGGAGCGGGAAGAUGUUUUCCGCGCUCAAGAAGCUGGUGGGGUCGGAGCAGGCUCCGGGCCGCGACAAGAACAUCCCCGCCGGCCUGCAGUCCAUGAACCAGGCGCUGCAGCGGCGCUUCGCCAAGGGGGUGCAGUACAACAUGAAGAUCGUGAUCCGCGGGGACAGGAACACGGGCAAGACGGCGCUGUGGCACCGGCUGCAGGGCAAGCGCUUCGUGGAGGAGUACAUCCCCACGCAGGAGAUCCAGGUCACCAGCAUCCACUGGAGCUACAAAACCACUGAUGACGUCGUCAAAGUGGAGGUCUGGGACGUGGUGGACAAAGGAAAAUGCAAAAAGCGAGGCGAGGGCCUGAAGACCGGGCACGACCCCCAGGAGGCCGAGUCCGAGAUGGCCCUGGACGCCGAGUUCCUGGACGUGUACAAGAACUGUAACGGGGUGGUCAUGAUGUUCGACAUCACCAAGCAGUGGACCUUCAGCUACAUCCUGCGGGAGCUGCCCAAGGUGCCCACGCACGUGCCGGUGUGCGUGCUGGGGAACUACCGCGACAUGGGCGAGCACCGCGUCAUCCUGCCCGACGACGUGCGCCACUUCAUCGAGCGCCUGGACCGGCCGCCCGGCUCCUCCUACUUCCGCUACGCCGAGUCCUCCAUGAAAAACAGCUUCGGCCUGAAGUACCUGCACAAGUUCUUCAACAUCCCGUUCCUGCAGCUGCAGAGGGAGACGCUGCUGCGGCAGCUGGAGACCAACCAGCUGGACACAGAUGCCACGCUGGAGGAGCUCUCGGUGCAGCAGGAGACGGAGGACCAGAACUACGACAUCUUCCUGGAGAUGAUGGAGGCGCGCAGCCGCGGCCACGUGUCCCCGCCAGCGGCCAACGGGCAGAGCCCACCCUCGAGCUCCCAGUCUCCGGUGGUGCCACCCAGCCUCGCGUCCACUGGCAGCUCCAGCCCCAGCACGCCCCAGCCCGCCCCCCAGCCGCCGCCUCAGGCCCCGUCCCCUCCAGAGGCCCCGCCGGCCGCCCCGGCCCCUCGGCGGGGCCUCAUCUCGCGCCUGUUUGGGACCAGCUCGCCGGCCGCCGAGGCCCUGCCGCCCCCAGAGCUGGCCCCAGCCGGAGUCCAGAACGUGGAGGACUUUGUCCCUGAAGACGGCCUUGACCGCAGCUUCCUGGAGGACGCGGCCCCAGCCAAGGGCGAGAAGUCGGCUGGAGCAGACGUCCCACCAGGCAGCGACAGCGACGGGGAGGCCCUGGGCGCGAACCCCAUGGUGGCGGGCUUCCAGGACGAUGUGGACCUCGAGGACCAGCACCCCCGCAGGCCCUCGCUGCCCACAGGCCCUGUCCCCAGUGAGGACCAAGCAGAGCGGCUGGUGGGGUACCUCAAGACCACUGGCCCCGCCCCCCAGAAGUGCUCUGAGCCCGAGACCAAGCGGUUCCCCUCGAAGGCCUCCAGGCCACAGAGGGGCGCAGCGCCCAGGACAGGGGGCCACCCCAGCAAGGGGGCCUCCCGGCAGGAGCGGGGCGCAGACGCGCAGGCCGUGUCGUCGUCGGAGAGCGACCCCGAGGGGCCCGUCGCUGCCCAGAUGCUGUCCUUUGUCAUGGACGACCCCGACUUUGAGAGCGACUCGGACGCGCAGCGUGGGGGGGGGGAGCUCCCUGUGCGCGAGGACAGCUCCGACGGGUCGGACUCCGGACCCGCCCCGCCACCCCCGCAGGCUCCCGCCCCCGCCUUCAGACGGAAGGACCCGGCCGACCUCUUCGGGCUGGGGCCGGAGGAGGCGGGCCCCAAGGACAGCAGUGAGGAAGACAAGGAGGGCCAGGCCCCCCGCAAGGAGAAGGAGGAGAAGAAGAAGAAGAAGAAGAAGGGCAGGGAGGAGGAGGAGAAGGCGGCCAAGAGGAAGAGCAAGCACAAGAAGACCAAGGACAGGGAGGACGGCAGGGGCGGGCGGCGGCCGCGGGGCCCCGGCAAGACGGCGGCGGCCGAGCUGGAGGCCUUUCUGGGCGCGGCCCCGGGCAGCCACCUGCGCGCGGGCGGGGACUACGAGGAGCUGUAGCCCGCUCUUCUCAGGGACGGACGGGGCUGCCGCCCCCAGGCCAUUGGCGGGGUGGCCCCUGCCCCCACCGGCACCCCAGCAGCGAUG